ACAGCAUUCCCCCUGCACAGCGUGUCAAAUCAGGGGACGAAGUCUCUUUUGAUUGCAUAGACGCAUCCAAUGGGCAGAUGACUCCAGAGUCAACGGUCGUAACUCUAGGAACGGUAAACAUGGCAGCAUUUAAUCCAGUGAACGGUCCCGUAUUCGUGGAAGGCGCACAGCCUGGUGACACACUCCAAGUUGACGUUCUGCGCAUCGAGAACCCUGAAUGGGGAUGGACGGCUCUAUUCCCAGGCUUUGGACUGCUUACGGAUGAGUUCCCGGAGCCAGCGCUUAAAAUCUGGAAGCUUCAGACGCAGGAGGGGUAUGCGUGGUUUGAUGAGAAAAAGGGUAUCAAGGUGCCACUAAGGCCGUUUGCGGGUGAGAUGGGGGUCGCGCAAAAGAAGAAGGGCGCCUUUUCGACUAUUCCGCCAUAUCAUACUGGGGGAAACAUCGAUACGAGACAUGUUACGGUGGGUUCGACUUUGUUUCUUCCAGUUGAAGUGGAGGGAGCACUGUUUAGCAUCGGGGAUGGUCAUGCUGCACAGGGGGACGGAGAAGUAUGUGGAACGGCAAUUGAAACGCCUAUGAAAGUCACGGUGCGGCUCUCAGUGAGGAAAGACAAGCCGUACACGAAGACCCCACACUUUAGCACGGCGGUUGCUAAUACAAAGCCCGAGGAAGAAUAUUAUUGCACGACCGGCAUUGAUUCCGAUAUCAGAGAGGCUACGAGAUCGGCUGUGAGGAACAUGAUUGAUUUUUUGGUUGCGGAUUAUGGGUUGGAUAGGGUGGAAGCGUAUAUGUUAUGUAGUGUUGCAGGUGAUUUGAGGAUGCAUGAAGUGGUUGACAUGCCUAACUAUGUGAUUGGGAUGAUGAUGCCCAAGUCUGUACUUGGGCCGUCGGAUAAAGCCUGAAGGAAGGGGGUACGUUCUCACCCAUCGGAUGAGGGACCAGGGCUGGCAAUAAACUCUUCCUUGCACACGCAUGUACACUAAAUUUGUAGAACGCAUCGAGCAAAUUAAUGCGCGACAUCGCAUUGGCUGACAUA